CAUUCAUGAGAUUCUCAGCUCACACGGUGCACCUGAUCCUCUGAGCUGGACGUCUGAAGCGAUGAUCACAAACAUGAUUGUGUUGCUGUGUUUGUCUGCGCUGUUUCCCGUGUUGAUGGGCACUGAAGAGGUCAAAUCAGAUUGUUUUCUUGCCAAAGACUGCUCUGAUGUUUAUUCGAGUGGGAAAAAUGCGAGUGGCGUGUACACUGUCAUCUCAAUGGAUGGGCCGCUGCAGGUCUACUGUGAGAUGGUCUCCAGUGGAAUAAAUGACAGAGGACACUGGACGGUGAUUCUCAGGCGGAUGAACGGCGAGGUGAAUUUCUUUAGGCCGUGGGAGAGUUAUAAAAAGGGUUUUGGUAAUAAAGACGGCGAAUACUGGCUGGGUUUAGAGUUUCUUCACCAGCUGACGCACAGAUAUCAGUAUAAACUUAGAGUGGAUUUGGAGGACUUUGAAGGGAAGAAGGCUUACGCUGCAUACGAGUCUUUCUCAGUGGACUCUGAGGCUGAUGGGUACAAACUGCAUGUGAGCGGCUUUGUAGAUGGAGGAGCAGGUGAUUCUUUGAGUUAUCACAAUGGAAUGAAGUUCUCCACCUUUGACAAAGACCAAGAUCUUUGGAGUGAAAGCUGCGCUAUGAAAUACUCUAAAGGAGGGUUUUGGUACAACGGUUGUGAUUAUACAAACCCCACUGGUAUGUAUUUGUGGGGGAAAGAUGAUGGCACUUUAUAUAUUGGGACUUCCUGGUACUACUGGAAGAACAGCUAUAAAUCUAUGAAGUCCAUCAGCAUGAAGAUCAGACGCGUGAUGUAGAGCAGGCUCACAAACGCUUCACUGCAGCUUGUGCACAUCCACGUCUUCAUGCAUACAUGUGGAUCUUUCUUAAAAUAUGGUGACAAAUCAAAUUCAUUGUCCUCUUAAAUAAAAAUGUGUUGAAAUUGGGU